AUGACUGGACGUGCCAAACACCCCCGCAGGGCAAGUACGAGGAGCUCGUACGCCGUCGCACGCGCUUUCGAGGACGAGGGAGGAGAGGAGGAGAGGGAGACUGAUGAGGAGGUUGUCCCGAGGAAGCGCGACAAGGGCAAGGGACGCGCGGUCGAGGUGUUCGAUUCGGACGAGGGUGAGGAGGACGAGGACGAGACGAGCGAGGACGACGCGAGCGACUGGGAGGAGUCGUGCAAGAAGCCUAAGAAGUCCAAGUCGGCCGGCAGGAAGGGCGGACAGGGUGGAGGAGCCGGGGCGGGGAAGAAGGGAGGGAGGAAGGGCAAGGACGUCGGGAGGCUCGAGGUUAUGAAGACGCUCCCGCUCGAGUUGCUCGUCGAGAUCUUUUCGCAUCUCGACCCGAACGACCUUCUCGCGCUCAGCAUGGUCAACAAGCAGUACCGCUCGCUCCUCGGCUCGCCCGCGUACCAAACCGUCUGGCAAGAGUCGCGCGGGAGACUUGAUCUCCCCGACGUGUCGUCCGCCGGCCUGACGGAGUUUCAGUACGCCCACCUCAUGUUCGGCAAGAGGUGCCAGGCGUGCAACUCGCCUUACGCCAAGCGCGCCGACUUCGGCAUCAUGCAGCGACUAUGCAAAGCCUGUCGCAAUGUUCUGGUCGUCCGCCUCGACUGGAAUGAGGCAUCUCGUCCCGGUAUUCAUCCGCAAGCGAAAGAUUGCGUCCUCCUCUGUCUGCACUCGCAGAACGACAUGCGCUACCUAGCCGAUGCUCCGUACGGCUUGAUUGCCGACCUCGAGUGGUGGAGUAACAAGUUAUGGGAGCUCGAGUAUGCCGAUGCCGACGCCUACGCAACGACAAAGGAGGCUGCACCUUCCGGUCCCGCCAAUUCCGCCUCCUCACGCUCCCGCAGCUCUCGCGCUGCUCAGCCUUCCUACGUUGAGGACGACGUUAGCGACGACAGCCGCGAGCUUGGCCCGCGCGGCUUCGCCAAGUGGGAGCGAGUUCUUGCGAUCGUCAACGCCCGCCUCCGAUUGCGCGCAGAGUUCCGCGAAGAUGCUAUCAAGCUACGCAAUGCCGAGCGUGAGCUUCAUAAGCUUCUCGCCGAGCGCAAGCGAGUAUAUCUCUUCCCCGAAUUGUGGAUGGAGCGCGCGCAACAGAUCGAAGAUAGGGUGCGGGCUAUCGACCGUCGCUUCGGGCACAAGGACUUCGACCACGAUGACUUCCUCUACCACAAGUUGGUCUUCCAAGAGACGCCGCUGACCGACGAAGAAUGGGAGACGAUCAAGAGCAAGGUUCUCAAGAUCCUCUACAACGUGCGCGAGAAGCGCUACGUGACCGACUACAAGGAGAUGUGCCAAGACCGUCAGCACGCAUUGCGUAGGCGAUACGACGGGCUCAAGUCGGAUCUCGAGGCUGAUGCACAGCCGUUCAUGCCGCUCUUCGUCGACUUUCUUCUUUUCGAGUCGGUAAUGCCUCUUUGGGUGUUCGACGAAGUUCGCGUCGACGACGAGCUUUGGGAGGACGCCCUGGUCGACAUCAACGAGGAGAUUGAGCAGUACCGUCUGGAGUUGAUCCUGCACGCUCAUGAGAUCAUCCUCUCGGCAACGACGGAUCCGGACGACCGGCAGACCCAAGACACGCUCGACGAACCGCUCGAAGCGACACUCGACGACGCCUUCUUUUCGCGCGCCACAUCCUUCGUCUGCUGCGCCUUCCAAAACUGCAAGAAGCCGCUCCCGUGGGACGAGAUGCGGGACAUGAACCCUCGUCCGGACGCGAAGAAUUGCAUCGGACCGCUCGUCGACGUUCUCAAGCACCAGCACCUCGCGCACAACUUCCAGAACUUCGUCCCGAACGACAAGGUUCUCCGCGCCGGCCCUCAGUUCCACAUCAACCUGCCACUCGAAAUCGCCUGCGCCGUUUCUGCACUCCUCGAGCUGGGCAAUCUCGACGAGGCGACUGCGGGCCUCUACGAGCUACGGGCUUACUUCGACUCGGUCCAUUCCAUCGAGUGGGAAAACGCGACAUGCUUCAAGCGCAAGUUCCGCUGGAGAGGCAAGUGGUUCGACUUGCUCUGCACGAUCAAGAAGGAGGUCGACAAGGCUUCGCGCCUCAAGCCGCCGCUCGCUCUCGAACCUCCCGUCCUCGUCGUUCGCGAAUACAAGAAGACGCGCAGCAAGAAGAAGAAGAUGUCCGACCGGCUCUUCACGUCGUCGUCCGCCUUUGCCUACGACAACCGUGCGAGGAGCGAAGAGUCAGAUUCGGACGGCUCAGAGGACGAGGGCGAGGACGAGGACGGGGAGGAUUCAGGUUGA